UAUGAGUCUGAGUCCAGCCUUCCCUGGUCUUUCACUUUUUUUUCCCUUCUUUUCCAGCAGCAGAGUUCAAAGCAACGCGAACAAACAGGGGAUCCAAUUUCCAAAAGGAAUUGAGUUGAGAUAUGGCCGCGGCGAGUUGUGCUGUCUGGGACUCGGUACUUGAACUCACCAAGUCAGCUCAGGUCAAGAACUGCGACCCGCAACUAUGGGCGAUCCAACUCAGCUCCAAUCUCAACUCUGCUGGCGUUGAUGUGCCCUCAGUGGAGCUGGCUCACCUAUUAGUCUCUCAUAUCUGCUUCGAUAAUCACAUGCCCAUCACGUGGAAGUUCCUCGAGAAGGCCCUCUCCUUCAACCUCGUCCCUCCUUUGCUCGUCCUCGCUCUCCUCUCUAAAAGGGUUGUUCCGAAUCGACAGCUCCACCCGUCUGCAUAUAGGCUGUAUAUGGAACUCGUAAAGAGACACGCCUUUUCCUUUUCAGCUCUAAUCGCUGCCCCAAAUUAUCAAUUGAUCAUGAAAUCAAUAGGUGAUGUUGCUCAUCUUUCCCAAAUAUUUGGCGUGCAAUUGUGUGAACCUGGCUUUCUUCUGGUUGAAUUUGUCUUUUCAAUCGUGUGGCAGUUACUUGAUGCUUCCUUGGAUGAUGAAGGGUUGCUGGAACUAGGUGCAGAAAAGAAUUCUAGAUGGCUACCCAGACCGGAGGGUAUGGAAAUAGAUGGUCAUGAGAACUUUAGUGAGAAGAGAAAUGAGCACCACGAGGGGUUGCACAAAGUAAAUACUACAAUGGCUAUCGAGCUAAUUGGAGAGUUUCUAAAAAACAAAUUAACCUCGAGGCUACUUUACUUGGCACGUCAAAACAUGCCUUCACACUGGAGAGGCUUCAUCGAGCAAUUGCAACUGCUUGUUGUGCAUUCUGCAGCUUUGAGGAACUCAAAACACAUAACUCCAGAUGCUUUUCUGCAGUUGACAUCUGACACCCGAAGGGUUUUGUCUUGUGAGUGCAAAACAAUAUCACAACAUGAGUUUCAUGCAGUCAUGUUUUCAGGGUCUCUCAAAUCUUCUGUUGGUCAAUGCCACGGGGCAAGUCAGUCUGCAGUUUGGUUACCUAUUGAUCUAUUUCUAGAAGACACUAUGGAUGGGUCACAAGUGACGACAACUAGUGCUAUAGAAAAUCUUAUCAGUUUGGUCAAAGCUCUGCAAGCAGUUAAUCGCACCACUUGGCAUGAUACUUUUCUAGGCUUAUGGAUUGCAGCUUUACGGCUAGUUCAAAGGGAAAGAAAUCCUAGUGAGGGUCCAGUACCUCGCCUUGAUACAUGCUUGUCCAUGUUAUUGUCUAUUACAACCCUUGUAGUGGCUAAUAUUAUUGAGGAAGAGGAAAGUGAACUGAUUGAUGAAACACAACAGAGCCCUACCAAUCAAAGAAAAGAAAAACAGGGGAAAUGUCGAAAGGGUCUAAUUACUUCCCUGCAGCUAUUGGGUGACUAUGAAGGGUUGUUGACUCCGCCUCAGCCUGUUAGCUCAGUAGCUAAUCAAGCUGCCGCAAAAGCUACAAUGUUUAUCUCAGGUCUCACUGUCAGUAAUGCUUAUAGCAUGAGUAUAAAUGACAUGCCAGUCAACUGUUCUGGAAACUUGAGGCACCUGAUUGUUGAGGCUUGUAUUGCAAGAAAUAUGUUGGACACAUCAGCAUAUUUAUGGCCAGGCUAUGUGACUCUUGCUAACCAAUUACCUCGAAGUGUUCCCAGUCAAACACUUGGCUGGUUGUCAUUGAUGAACGGGUCACCUUUAACCCCCUCAAUGAUAAACAUUUUGGUUUCAACUCCAGCUUCCAGCUUACCAGAGAUCGAGAAAAUAUAUGAGAUAGCAGUCAGUGGUUCUGAUGAUGAGAAGAUAUCUGCCGCUGCUAUUCUUUGUGGAGCCUCUCUUGUUCGUGGUUGGAAUAUUCAGGUAAUGUUUCAGAAGCCCACCACACCCCCCCCCACCCCUGCUGAUUACUCUGGGAGUGAGAGUCACUUGAUAAAUUAUGCUCCGCUUUUAAAUGUUCUUCUUGUUGGAAUAUCAUCUGUGGAUUGCGUGCAGAUUUUAUCCUUACAUGGUUUGGUUCCACUACUUGCUGGUGCAUUGAUGCCCAUCUGUGAGGCCUUUGGCUCUGCUGUUCCCGAGGUCUCAUGGGCGCUUCCAACAGGUGAAGAACUUUCUUGUCAUGCGGUUUUUUCUAAUGCCUUUACACUUCUUCUGAGAUUGUGGAGAUUUGAUCAUCCACCUAUUGAUCAUGUGAUGGGAGACGUACCACCAGUGGGAUCCCAUCUAAGCCCUGAAUACCUUUUGCUUGUAAGGAAUUCCCUAUUAGCAUCUCCUGGAACUUCGACCAGGCGUCAACUCAGACGUAGGAGAUACUCAAAAAUUUUGAGUCUGUCUGUAGAACCCAUAUUCAUGGAUUCUUUCCCAAAGUUGAAACUAUGGUACAGGCAGCAUCUGGAAUGCAUUGCUUCUACCUUUUCCGGUCUUGUACAUGGAACCCCUGUUCAUCAGAUUGUUGAUGCACUCCUCAAUUUAAUGUUCAGAAGGAUAAAUAGAGGUGUUCAGCCUUCGACUUCUACGAACUCUGGAAGUAGUCUUUCAUCUGGCCCUGGUGCUGAAGAUGCUCAAGCUAGGCUUAAAAUACCUGCAUGGGAUAUCUUAGAAGCAACCCCAUUUGCCCUUGACGCUGCUCUGACAGCCUGUGCCCAUGGAAGACUCUCUCCUCGUGAACUGGCUACAGGGCUUAAGGAUCUUGCCGAUUUUCUACCAGCAUCUUUGGCCACCAUUGUAAGCUACUUGUCAGCUGAAGUUACACGAGGCAUAUGGAAGCCAGCUUCUAUGAAUGGAACUGAUUGGCCGAGCCCAGCUGUCAAUUUAUCCUCUGUUGAGCAGCAGAUAAAGAAAAUACUGGCUGCCACUGGUGUUGAUGUCCCAAGCCUUUCUGUAGGGGGUACAUCUCUGGCUACACUUCCUUUGCCAUUAGCUGCCCUAGUAAGCCUCACAAUUACUUAUAAAUUGGACAAAAUGUCUGAAAGGUUCCUCACCCUGGUUGGCCCCGCCUUGAAUGCCCUUGCUGCUGGUUGUCCCUGGCCAUGCAUGCCCAUUAUAACCUCUCUAUGGGCCCAGAAAGUUAAGCGUUGGAGUGACUACCUUGUGUUCUCUGCUUCGCGUACUGUGUUCCACCAUAACAGCGAUGCUGUAGUUCAGCUUCUGAAGAGCUGCUUCGCAUCCACUCUUGGUUUGAGCCCCCCUCACAUUUCCAGCAAUGGUGGUGUGGGUGCCCUUUUAGGUCACGGGUUUGGCUCCCACUUAUCUGGUGGAAUCUCUGCUGUUGCCCCGGGAAUUCUUUACUUACGAGUGCAUCGAUCUGUCAGAGAUGUCAUGUUCAUGACAGAAGAAAUUCUCUCUCUUCUAAUGCACUCUGUCAGAGAUAUUGCAAGUAGUGCGUGGACUAGAGGUGCAAUGGAGAAAUUGAAGAAAAGAAAAUAUGGGAUGCGAUAUGGGAAAGUUUCUCUUGCUGCAGCAAUGACACGUGUCAAGCUUGCAGCUUCACUUGGAUCUUCUUUAGUGUGGAUAUCUGGCGGAUUAAAUUUGGUUCAAUCUUUGAUUAAUGAAACUUUACCCUCUUGGUUUAUAUCAGUACAUGGAUUGGAGCAGGAAGGUGGAGACUCUGGAGGUCUGGUUGCAAGGCUAAGGGGCUAUGCACUUGCUUACUUUGCGCUAUUUUGUGGGACAUUUGCAUGGGGUGUGGACUCAGAAUCAGCAUCAUCAAAAAAACGGCCAACAGUGCUCAAAGCUCACUUAGAAUUUCUGGCAAGUGCUCUAGAGGGGAAAAUAUCGCUUGGUUGUGAUUGGGCUACUGCAUGGGCAUACGCAUCUGGGUUUGUGUGCUUGAUGGUGGCCUGCACACCAAAAUGGGUGCCUGAGGUUGAUGUGGAUAUAUUGAAGAGGGUCAGCAAGGGGCUGAGGCAAUGGAAUGAAGAAGAACUGGCUGUAGCGUUACUAGGACUAGGUGGAGUUGGUACAAUGGGUGCAGCUGCUGAACUGGUUAUUGAAAUUGGCUUGUAGUUUUGUCAAAAGCAUGUAGCUUGAAUGCUAACUAUAGCAUAUCUCUGUGGUCUAGUGACAGGGUGGGUUCGGUCCCCGAACAAUACUUGAAGUUACUACCAUCUAUAGUUAUCUUUGUGUAAAGUCAUAGCUCAUGUAUAAAAAUACUCCUUUUCAAACAAGAAAGUAGUCGAGUUGUAGAUUCGUCAUCAGGGAUAGCGGCCCCAUGGCAAACAUUAAAUUAAAUUGAAGUUAAAGAAAAAACUAAAAGGCACCAUUUUAUGGUGCAUCGUGUAAGUUUUAUU